AUGGAUCGCAUCGAAAGUCUGGCAAAUACGCUGUCGCAGGUGACAGUGUACGAUAUAAAGAGCAUGUACAACCAGGCGAAGAACAUGGUACUGAACGUGAGUGAGAUGGAGGCGAAAGUGCGGGAAGCAACGAACGAUGAGCCGUGGGGCGCGAGUUCGACAUUAAUGCAGGACAUUGCACAAGGGACAUUCAAUUUCCAAAACUUCAACGAAAUCAUGCCCUGUAUAUAUUCGAAGUUCAUGGAGAAAGAGGCACGUCAGUGGCGAGAAAUAUACAAGGCUCUCCAAUUACUCGAGUACCUCAUCAAGAAUGGUAGUGAACGUGUCGUGGACGAUGCGCGCUCGCACAUUUCUACGAUAAAGAUGCUAAGAAGCUUCCAUUACAUCGACGAUAAAGGCAAAGAUCAGGGUAUCAAUGGUAGGCUCUCUCAACAGCCCAAUUUGGACCUGAGCUGA